AUGGCGCUACUUCAUGGCAAUUGGAUCAAGCUUGAUCAAAGAGGAAUCACACAGGGAGCAAGAAGUUCUCAUGCUAUUGCUGUAGUAGGGCAAAAGGUCUAUGCGUUUGGGGGUGAGUUUGUGCCACGUGUCCCUGUUGAUAACAAGUUACACGUGUACGACCUAGAUACCUUGACAUGGUCAGUAGCCAAUGCAUCCGGCAGCACCCCGCCGCCACGUGUUGGUGUCACAAUGGCUGCAGUUGGAGAAACCAUCUAUGUAUUUGGUGGAAGAGAUGUUGAACACAAGGAACUCAAUGAACUCUAUUCUUUUGAUACUAAGACCAACACUUGGGCCUUGAUUUCAAGUGGAGAUAUUGGGCCUCCUCACCGGAGUUACCAUUCCAUGACAGCCGAUGACCGACAUGUGUAUGUUUUUGGCGGAUGUGGGGUCGCUGGAAGGCUCAAUGAUUUAUGGGCAUUUGAUGUUGUUGAUGGCAAGUGGGUGGAAUUUCCAUCUCCCGGUGAAAAUUGCAAGGGAAGAGGUGGGCCGGGCCUAACAGUUUCCCAAGGAAAAAUAUGGGUUGUUUAUGGUUUUGCAGGAAUGGAAGUCGAUGACGUGCAUUGCUUUGAUCUGGCUCAUAAAACAUGGGCCCAAGUGGAAACAGGUGGGCUCAAACCGACUCCCCGUAGUGUGUUUUCGACUUGUUUGACUGGGAAACACAUAAUUGUAUAUGGUGGGGAAAUAGACCCUAGUGACCAAGGUCAUAUGGGUGCUGGUCAAUUUUCUGGCGAGGUUUAUGCAUUAGACACUGAGACAUUAUCAUGGACGAGGCUGGAAGAUAAGGUGGAAUCCGGUGGCCAUCCUGGGCCGCGUGGAUGGUGCGCAUUCGCCAGUGCUUGCCGUGGCGGUCAAAAAGGACUAUUGGUAUAUGGUGGCAACUCUCCUAGUAAUGACAGGCUUGAUGACAUUUUCUAUCUUGCUAUUGCUUAA